ACAAACAUGUUCGACGAAGGUUAUAAAUGAUCCUUGAGUGUGUCUGAGAAUCUCGUAAUGUAAGAAGAUGCUGCGUGUCAGUGUUGCAGUAAUGAAUGUUGGCCGCGUCGUGUCUACACAAAUUACGGUGGAACAUUUGCGAGAAAAAUAGUUGCUUUAAAUAGUUGGUUAACAAUUUUAGACACCAACUAGUGAAAGAGCAUGUUUACGGAAUGUGUCCUUGAACGUAACUACGUCAGGACGGGCAGGUAGACAGUAGACACGCGCUUAUAUUCAUUUCGUCUGCGGAUUAUUUUCGAGGCUUUACGGUAAAUUUGGCCUCUCAAGCCUGCCUACUACUUUUAAUGUUACUGAAAACCUACACCGUGGGACUUCUGAUGGAGGAGGAUACGUUAUCCAGAAGUUUGAGUCGUACUGAGAAUUUACAAAAUACGGAAUCAUAAGAGGCAAAACAAACAAUCAAAUCCGACGCCCUUCUUUUGGGUCCUGUGAGAUGGUAGUGCCCAGGAACCUGAAUGACUCCACUGCUGCCACAGUGCUGUUUAGAAUGGUGAAGGGGGACAGUGUUGGGGUGUUCCUGCUAAAGUCCACAAUCAUCUCCACCGUGUUGAGCGUGUUCAGCUCAAGGUUGUUUUGACUGCACCAGACAGCCAGCUGUUCAAACUCCCUUCUGUAUGCAGACUCAUCGUCAUCUCGGAUGAGGCCGAUGACAGUGGUGUCAUCUGCUAACUUCAGGAGCUUGACAGAGGGGUCCUUGGCAAUGCAGUCAUUGGUGUAGCGGGAGAAGAGUAGUGGGGAGAGCACACAUCCCUGGGGGGCACAAGUGCUGAUUGUACAGGUGCUGGAAGUGAGUUUCCCCUGUCUCACAAGCUGCUGUUUGACCGUCAGGUGGCCGAUAUAGCUAAUUUUUGAGCUGGAAUGAAAACAGACCUUUUCUAUGUGGAUUUUGCACCGAUAUGACUAUGCAAAGUCUAGUGUUUCACCUGGAGCCUGGUUGCCUUGGCAACAGUGGGAACAGCCACUGUCUAAUUGGAAGGCCGCUAAGGAGCCCAUAGCAGUAAUCCUCCCUGCUGAUCAACAGUUGUCCAGUAGCCUUAUGGCUAGUCCUGAGACAGAUGCAGUUCAAAGGUUGCGGAAAUGUGUGGACUCCGUGCUGUGCAGCCUUACCGAGGGUCAACUUAGAUCUAUCAAAAACAAAUGUGAGGAGCGUGACUUUUUUGUGGUGCAUCACCUGGCAGAGCUGAAGGAGGGAGCCAUCUCUCCUCUCAUCCAUGGCACGCCUAUCACUUGCAAUGUGGAAAAUAUGGAAAGAUACACCACCCGCUCCAAGGUACACGUUUGCACUCUGUACACAGUCUGUCUGACGCAUGGCGAGUUCACAUGGACGGUGAAAAGAAAGUACAAGCAUUUCCAGGAGCUCCACAGAGACCUGUACAAACACAAAGUAAUGUUGCAGUUUUUGCCUCUGGGGAGAUUUGCCAUGCAGAGACAACAGCUGGCAGGUUUGACAGAAGAGAUGCCGACUUUACAUAGAACAGAUCGAAUCAGAAGAACGUUUUGCAAACCGAAAUACCUGGAGGAAUAUUUGAACAGUUUACUGGAAAUCUCCUUCUACAGGAACUAUCAUGGGAUGUUGGACUUCCUGUCGAUCAGUCCGCUCUCCUUCAUCAGAGACCUUGGUCCCAAAGGCCUAGAAGGUUAUAUUUUUAAAAGGUCCGGAGGUCACCGCAUCCAGGGGGUCAACUGUUUCGGACACCAUCAGUUUUGCUUCCGAUGGUCUCGUCGCUGGCUGGUGGUGAAGGAUUCAUUCCUCCUUUACAUGUCCAGAGACCCAGGCAUUGUGUCAUUUGUUCUGCUGUUUGAUCCUGAACUAAAGGUGUUGGUUGGGAGUUGCUACACUGAUACCAAGCAUGGAGUCUGCAUUGAGAACUUCAGCAGGAAGCUGGUAAUUAAGUGCAGUAGCUACCGGCAGGCUCAGUGGUGGAGUCACGAGAUUCGGAGUAUCUCUGAGCCCUGUGAUUUCAGCCAGACACAUCGCUUUGAAGGCUUCGCCCCACCCAGACCGGAUACACUCACAAAGUGGUAUGUCAAUGGGAAUGGGUAUUUCUCAGACGUGGCUGAUGCACUGGAACAAGCCAAGGAGGAGAUCUUCAUCACUGAUUGGUGGCUCAGUCCAGAGGUUUUCCUCAAACGUCCAGCAACAGGAACGUACUGGCGCCUGGACAAGAUUCUCAAACGCAAAGCAGAACAGGGAGUGAAGGUGUGUGUGCUGUUGUAUAAGGAGCUCUUGGCUCUGGGUAUUAACAGUGGCUACAGCAAGAGAACACUCAUGAAUCUGCACCCCAACAUCAAGGUGAUGCGUCACCCUGAUCAUGUGGCCUCAGUCGUGUUCCUUUGGACUCAUCAUGAGAAGAUGGUUGCCAUUGACCAAUCAGUGGCCUUCAUGGGUGGGUUGGACCUUGCUUUUGGAAGAUGGGAUGACUGUGACUAUAGGCUGAGUGAUUUAGCACCUAAAAAAACAGCCAAUAAUGCAGAGGCAGCCCCUGAGUCUGAUGCUGUGGAUAGCCCUGCAGUUCCUCUGGCAGAAACUGCGUCAGCUCCAGUGUGCGAGGAUGAAGUCGAUCUAAGCUGUAACGCCCUCUUGUGGCUGGGAAAAGAUUACAACAACUUUAUUAAGAGAGACUGGACACAGCUGGACCAGCCAUUUCAAGACAAUGUUGACAGAACUCAGGUGCCACGCAUCCCCUGGCGAGACCUGGGUGCGGUGCAUCAUGGGAAAGCAGCCAGAGAUCUUGCACGCCACUUCAUUCAACGCUGGAACUUCACUAAGAUCUUUAAGAACAAGUACAAGGUCGACUUCUACCCGUACCUAUUGCCGAAAUCUCACAGCACAGCAGAAAAGCUGCAAUUCACUGUCCCUGGAUCCACAAAAGCUUCUGUACAGGUUCUCCGUUCUGUUGAUCGCUGGUCUGCUGGCACAUGUGAACAAUCUAUCCUCAGUGCCUAUGUACACAUUGUUGAGAAGAGUGAACAUUACAUUUAUUUAGAGAAUCAGUUCUUCAUCAGCUGCUCAGAUGAAAAGAGUGUGCACAACACCAUCGGAGACGCUAUUGUCAAACGAAUCCUGCGUGCUCACAGUGAGGGGAAGAAAUACAGAGUGUUUGUUGUGAUUCCUCUGCUGCCCGGCUUUGAGGGUAACAUCAGUCAGGGAGGAGGAAAUGCCAUUCAGGCUAUACUGCACUUCACCUACAGGACAAUUAAUCGAGGAGAAUACUCCAUUCUUUCACAAUUAAAGGAACAAAUGCAGGAUGAAUGGAGACAGUAUAUUUCUCUGUGUGGUCUGCGCAAACACUCUCAGCUCGGCCAUUCCCCUGUUACAGAACUCAUCUAUGUUCACAGCAAAGCCCUCAUUGCUGAUGACCGUUACUACAUUAUAGGGUCAGCCAACAUCAAUGACAGGAGCAUGCUGGGCAGUCGUGACAGCGAGCUGGCGGUGUUGGUGGAAGAUGAGGAAAGAGUUCCCUCUGUCAUGAACGGAGAGGAGUACCAGGCUGGACCACUAGCACUCGCCUUACGAAAGGAGUGCUUCAGUGUUCUUCUAGGAGCGAAAUCUGACCCAGCUCUCAGCAUUGAUGAUCCAGUCAGUGAUCACUUCUUCAUCAAUGUUUGGAACAAAAUUGCCCAGUCAAAUGCUGCCAUCUAUGAGAAGGUCUUCCGAUGUCUUCCUUUGGACUCGAUCCACAGCUUACGUGAGCUGAUGGAGCAUGUGAACACUGAGAACCUCAGCCUUACUGACCCAGAGAAGGCCAGCCAAGAACUACAGGCCAUCAGAGGCAUCCUGGUCCAUUUCCCGUUGCACUUUCUGUGUGAGGAGAACUUGCUCCCAUCACUUAAAAGCAAAGAAGGAAUGGUACCUACUGAGGUGUGGACGUAGCAGGGAAGAAUGUCAAACAGUGCAGUUUAAAGUGUGCAAGUGAAACAAAAGAUAAGGAAAAAAAAACAAUCUGUGAACUAACUCUGAACUGAUUUUGAAGUAGAACUGAAGUAAAAUAUGUCGCACAUCCAGCUAAAUCUGAACUGAUUUAAAAAUAAUAAUAACACAUCCACUGAACUAACUGAACCAACUCUGAACUGAUUUUUUUUUUUUUUUUUUUUUUUUUUUUUUAGUUUAAAAA